CAAUAAUAGAGCGAGAAGGGGCCAAGAACAUUACAGAGGAGAGAGAAAAGAGAAGAGAAAAGAGAAAGUAGAAAGAGAAGAAGAGACAAAACAAAGAUCGACAAUGGCCGUUUUAAGACCGCAUAUAGAGAGCCUCUUUGUGCGUCUCUGUGAUCUCUCUUUCCACUCUCGCAUAUUAUCUUCAUUGUUGUGAUGGGCCAUUAACUUUUUUCAUACAGCUAACAAACAAACACGAUCAUCAAUUCAAAGCCUUUGCCAAGUUCCAGAUCUGCUCCUCUGAUUCAAUUUGCUCUACUCAGCUCAACUGCCCCACGCACACAGAAAGUGAUUGAUUCGUACCGAAUGGAAAUUAGUGGUGGUGGUGGUGGUCGGAGACGGCAGUCGGUGGUGGAGUCGCCGAACCUUGGAGACUUUCUGAGAAUCAAACAAGACGAGGGACGUAAGUCGUUGCCCGGUCUAACAUUAAGCGCAGUGCUGGCGAGCGAGAAGAGACCUUCGAUGCCGGUUCAGGUGAACCGGACUCUGCUAGAUAUUAUCAGAGACGAUCCCAACUGCAGCAAGGAAAGCAAGAAGACGUGGAAGGCUUUCAAAGACAAGAUUCGUCUCCGUCGCCCCGCCGCUGCCUGGACCUCCACCUUACACACCCCGCCCUCCGACAUUCCACUUCACAACACCAACACCAACUCAAUGAUUUAUCGCCCAAAUUCGAUUCGAUUCAACUCCUCCAACAAUCCAACUUCUUCCCAACUGUCAUCGUCAUCAUCGAAUCGUUUAGCCCAAUUGAAUUCGAUAAUGAACGGUGAGUUCAAUUCAAUCGAAAACGGUUCUGUUGAAACAGUCGUGCCAGACCAACGAGGAGAAGAAGAAGAGGAGGAGGAGGGAGAGACAGAGGAAUUGCCGGCGGAAGGGAUCGAGGAGGGAGGGGAGGUGCCGGUGAGGAUGUCAUUGAUGGCGCUGUUGGCGGAGACCGAUAGACAAAUGGGUGUGGAUGGGUCUAAUUUCGUGAUGGAAGAUGAUAAUGAGGAGGAGGAGGAAGAAGAAGAUGAAUGCAUUGGCAGUACUGUAGUAGAGUACAAUAACUGCUGUGUGUGUAUGGUGAGGGACAAAGGGUCGGCUUUCAUACCUUGCGGGCACACAUUUUGCAGGUUGUGUUCUAGGGAGCUUUGGGUUCAGAGGGGUAAUUGCCCACUCUGCAAUGGGUUCAUCUUGGAAAUCCUUGAUAUCUUCUGAUAUCUGUUUAAGCACCACCACACCAGUCAAUGGUUGGACUUGACUCAACAACCGUGCUCUUAUUGAUGAUUGUCAUUACAACAUUGCUAUGUAUCAAGAAAAUCUUCUCGAAACCGGCAAAGCUUAGAAUCAACCGACCGGAUCACCAGUAGUGGAUUCGAGAUGAUUUUGGAUACACUUAUUAAUGUCAUUAUUAUCUUUUUCCAUUUUUUUCGUACUAAUUAUUCUUUUGUAGUAUUUUUUUUUUUUUAAUUUUUAAUUCUAGGUUAUUCUUUUGGAAAAUGAAGAGUUCAGUUAUUAUGGAUAAUCACAAAGCAAGGAGGAUAGUGAUUUGUUAUGGUGGUUGAUGAUUGGUAUGUGGUCUUUGGUGCCAAGGGUUGGAAUCCUUUCAAUGAAUGACAGUGGCACAAUUACCUGCAGCGAUUAAUUAUAGCUUGGGUAUGACCUGAUAUGUUAGUUAUGAUUUAUUCUAAUACUGAUUAUGAUAUUGUAUUUUUGCAUUAUGAAA